CUAGAACGGCGGCUGGAAGUGGCUGAGUGCCAAUUGCCGACGACGACAAGAGUUUGGUGAGCGAUACAGCAGUUUAAAAAUGGCGCAGAACCUCUGAAAUUUCCAUUCAAUUCAACCCCAAUUCGAAUCGCAGCCUCAACACAGCGAAGAAGAAGAAGAAGGCGGAGAUUAAAAGAUGGCAUCUGGAUCAUGGCACGUUGAGAAAAGAAUGAGUCUUCGAAAUGACUCUUUCUCAGGGGACGAGAAUGUGCCGGAAACUGGCUGUCUCUCCAUAAUUGUUCUUGGGGCAUCUGGAGAUCUUGCUAAAAAGAAGACUUUUCCAGCACUUUUCCACCUUUUCGUCCAGGGAUUCCUACAAUCAAAUGAAGUCCACAUCUUUGGUUAUGCAAGAACAAAAAUUUCAGAUGAUGACCUAAGAAAUCGCAUUCGUGGAUAUCUUGUACAAGGAAAAGCUGACGAUGCGAAGCAGUUACAAGAAGUAUCCAAGUUUCUGCAGUUGAUUAAAUAUGUAAGUGGUUCAUAUGAUUCUGCGGAGGGUUUUCAAAAGUUGGAUAAAGAAAUCUCAGAGCAUGAGAUUUCCAGAAAUAGUUCAGAGGGAUUGUCUCGCAGGCUGUUCUAUUUUGCACUUCCUCCAUCGGUAUAUCCAUCUGUUUGCAAGAUGAUCAAGAAUUAUUGCAUGAAUAAAUCUGAUCUUGGUGGAUGGACCCGGAUUGUUGUGGAGAAACCUUUUGGCAAGGACUUGGACUCGGCAGAGAAGCUAAGUUCACAGAUUGGAGAAUUAUUUGAUGAACCACAAAUUUACCGUAUAGAUCACUACCUGGGGAAAGAAUUGGUUCAAAAUCUGCUGGUACUUCGUUUUGCGAACCGAUUUUUCAUGCCCCUCUGGAACCGGGACAACAUUGAUAAUGUACAGAUUGUGUUCAGGGAGGAUUUUGGCACUGAAGGCCGUGGUGGAUAUUUUGAUGAAUAUGGAAUUAUUCGUGAUAUCAUUCAAAAUCAUCUAUUGCAGGUUCUUUGUUUAGUUGCUAUGGAGAAACCUGUUUCCCUCAAACCCGAGCAUAUCCGAGAUGAGAAAGUAAAGGUUCUUCAGUCAGUGCUGCCAAUUAAGGAUGAAGAGGUAGUUCUUGGCCAAUAUGAAGGUUACAGAGAUGAUCCUACAGUUCCCAAUCACUCAAAUACACCAACCUUUGCAACUGUGGUGUUGAGGAUACAUAAUGAAAGAUGGGAGGGUGUCCCUUUUAUAAUGAAGGCAGGAAAGGCACUGAGUUCGAGAAAAGCAGACAUUCGAGUUCAGUUUAAGGAUGUUCCUGGCGACAUAUUCAAAUGUAAAAAACAAGGGAGGAACGAGUUUGUCAUUCGCUUGCAACCUUCAGAGGCCAUGUACAUGAAGCUUACGGUCAAGAAACCUGGACUAGAAAUGUCAACUGUGCAGAGUGAAUUAGACUUGUCAUAUCGCCAACGUUACCAGGGUGUUACGAUCCCAGAGGCAUACGAGCGUCUCAUCCUCGACACAAUAAGGGGUGAUCAGCAACAUUUUGUUCGUCGCGACGAGCUGAAGGCCGCCUGGGAGAUCUUCACGCCAUUGCUGCACAGAAUCGACAACGGAGAGGUGAAGUCGCUUCCAUACAAACCAGGGAGCCGAGGUCCAGCCGAGGCCGACGAGCUACUGGAAAGAGCUGGUUAUGUUCAAACCCAUGGCUACAUAUGGAUCCCUCCCACAUUGUAGAAUGUAUGAAUCUGAUUUGCUUUCUGUAGUAGUUGGUAUAAAAAGCUCUGAUCUGCAACCUGCAACAGGGUGAAUGAGAGUUUGCAACUUAAUCGAUCAAAAUAAUAAGGAUUUAGUGUGGCGUGUAUAAAACAAUACUAAAAGGCUUUAUUACAGCCAGUGGGUAAUAAUAAUAAUAAUAAUAAUAAUGAUACAAUUUUCCUUCGAUA